AAGGAGCCUCCAGACGUCCCCGCCCUCCUCCCUCCCGGACACCGGCCGAGCCCCACGCCAACAUGUGCCACACCAGCUGCUCUGCGGGCUGCCAGGCUUCCUGCGGCUCCUCCGGCCCCUGCCAGGCGUCCUGCUGUGUGCCCGUGAGCUGCAAGCCCGUGUGCGUGCCCGUGAGCUGCAGACUCGCCGUGUGCGUGCCCGUGAGCUGCAAGCCCGCGUGUGUGCCCUCCUGCCAGUCCUCCGUGUGCGUGCCCGUGAGCUGCAAGCCCGAGUGUGUGCCUUCCUGCCAGUCCUCCACGUGCGUGCCCGUGAGCUGCAGACCCGCCGUGUGCGUGCCCGUGAGCUGCAAGCCCGCGUGUGUGCCCUCCUGCCAGUCCUCCGUGUGCGUGCCCGUGAGCUGCAAGCCCGAGUGUGUGCCCUCCUGCCAGUCCUCCACGUGCGUGCCCGUGAGCUGCAGACCCGCCGUGUGCGUGCCCGUGAGCUGCAAGCCCGCGUGUGUGCCCUCCUGCCGGCCCUCCUGCCCCACCCUGGUCUGCAGACCCGUGUGCUGUAGCUCCCCGUGCUGCUUCUGACCAGGGGUCUCCUAACACCUGCUCCGGGGGCAGAGGGGGCCCCGCCCAUGCCCCUCCGGUGAGGACCAAGCCUUCGCCGGGCCUCUAGUUCUGCGCGUGGCAGGUCAAACACUCCCAAUGAAUCGUCUGAACCCUGGGGCGAGGACGGAGCAGGACGAGCGGAUCCCCCCGUGACCCUGCGUGUCUCCGCCGGGGUCCUUCUCUGUCUCCGGCAGGGAACCCAGCCCGUGUGAGCCCAAUAAAUCGUGCCUCCCUGA